UGCUCCGCGGUGCCUCAGGCCGAGGCUCCGACACGACCCGCCAAGAACAGCAAGGGGCGACAGCGUCGUCGCGCAGGGCUGCCUCGGUUGCUGUCGCUCACCGGGGACGGGAGGACGCGCUUUUCGCCCGACGACUGCAGAGGCAGACGGUGCACGAGAUUGAGAUGUGGCUCUUCGGUUUGCGUGCCAAGGAGUGCGACAGCGUCAUAAAGGGCCCUUAAAACGAAGAUUCCUGCACCAACGAGGCGUAGAGGAAGACAGACGGGGGCAGGAAUCUUCCGUCGCCUUUAUCCUCACAAAUGUAGGCUUAAAAUGCAGGAUGGGUUUAUCUAUGGACAGUCCAGACAGAAACGAUGAUGCACAUAAAUAUGAGCAGCAGGGAGAGGGAGAAGAGGGCGAGAGCCAAACUGAGGCCUUCACCCGCAGCCCGCCGCCCAUCACCAAGAAGAGGAGAAAAGGCAGGAAGAGAUUGUGGAUCAACCUCAGCAGCUGCAAAUACGAAAGUGUGCGGCGAGCUGCCCAUCGUUACGGCCUCAGAGAGGCGGUGGAGGGUGAAGACUGGACGCUGUUUUGGACCGACUGCUCUGUGUCCCUGGACCGUGUUAAGGACAUGAAGCGUUACCAGAAAAUAAACCAUUUCCCAGGGAUGAGUGAGAUCUGCCGCAAAGAUUUACUGGCAAGGAACAUGAACCGCAUGCUCAAGCUUUUCCCCAAAGACUACAAUAUCUUCCCUAGAACGUGGUGCCUUCCUGCAGAUUACAGUGACUUCCAAGCGUACACCAGGGCCAAAAAAAGCAAGACAUAUAUCUGUAAGCCAGAUACCGGUUGCCAGGGCAAAGGCAUCUUCGUCACCAAAUCAAGUAAAGACAUUCCACCUGGAGAACAUAUGAUCUGCCAGGUUUACGUCUCCCGGCCUUUCAUAAUUGACGGGUACAAGUUUGACUUGCGCAUUUACGUGCUGGUGACGUCAUGUGACCCAUUCAGCAUAUUCAUGUUCAGGGAGGGACUGGCUCGCUUCUGCACCACACAGUACAAUGAACCAACACACGGCAAUGUGGAUGAUGUGUGCAUGCAUCUCACCAACUACUCCAUCAACAAGCACAGUGAGAACUUUGUCCGUGACGAGGACACUGGAAGCAAACGAAAGCUGUCCACCCUGAACAAGCACCUGGAGUCCAUCAGUUGCAACACGGAGAAGAUGUGGAACGACAUCGAGGACGUGAUCAUAAAGACUCUGAUCUCCGCUCACCCCGUCCUCAAGCAUAAUUACCACACGUGCUUCCCCAACCACACCACCGGCAGUGCCUGCUUCGAGAUCCUGGGCUUCGACGUGCUGCUGGAUCAUCGCCUCAGACCCUGGGUGCUGGAGGUGAACCACUCCCCGAGUUUUACCACCGACUCGCGGCUGGACCGGGAGGUGAAGGAUGCAUUGCUGUACGACACCCUGGGUCUCAUCAACUUGGGUGCCUGCGACCGCCGCAAGAUCACCAAAGAGGAGAGGCGCAGGGUGAAGGACAGGCUGCAGCGAAACCGCUCCAGAGAGGCCAGGUCGGAGGAGCUGCGUCAGUGCCAGGCAGCCACGGUGGAGCAGAUGGAGAGGUAUGAGGCCAAACACCUGGGAGGCUUCAAGAGGAUCUAUCCCAGAGAGGGAGGGGAAAAAUACGACAAGUACUUCAAACACAGCAGCUCGCUCUUCCAGGAGACUUCAGCCUCCAAGGCCAGAGAGGAGUGUGCCAGGCAACAACUGCAGGAGCUGCGUCUGAAGCAGGAGCAGAGGGAGAGGGACCAGAAGGGAUGUCGGAGGAGGGAGCUGCAGGGGGAGACUGCGGGGGAGAGAGUCAAACUACGACGACCGUCGACGCAACCCCCCAUCUCAAACUGUGGCUGCGACGCACAGCUGCCCCCUCUGCCCAGUGUGUCGGAGGAUCCUGAAGCCCGAGAAGAGAAGCAGCAGCAGCAGGAGGAGGAGGAGGAGGAGGAGGCGGCAGACAUGGAGGAGCAGGAGCGGGUGGACGCGCUGCUCCAGAGGAGGAAACUACUGCAGGACCUGGGGGUGGUGGACCAGAUCCACCAGCUGCUGCACGGCCAGAGGGCAGAGGGAGGGGGAGUCGCGCAGGACGCCAAGGACGCCAAGGACGCCUACACCCACCGGCAGAGUAAGCAGAGACAACAGCAGACAAAGUUGGACUCUUUGGCACAGUUUUCCCACAGGAUGAAGCACCAGCAGCAGCAGCAGCAGCAGCCGCCCUGCGCUCAGACCUCAUGGCAGCACAUCCACUCCCACAUGACCCCGCAGCGUUUGCUCAGGCCCACGAUCGACCAGAGGAGUCUGAACGAGUCCGCCUGCCUGCAGCACGAGCCCGAGAGCCACGGCAGAGCGGGGGAAAUAAGGAGGACCGUCAGCGCCCAGCGGACGCACUGUCCAGUCAGCGGCUCUCUAGCUAUCAGGCAGGACAGCAGGGGCAGCUCCUACAGCGACACCCGGUCCCGCCCCAGCAUCCCGAUCAUAAACCACGUCCCUGAAAGAGGCCUGCGCUGUGCCUACACGUCCCAUGACCCUGCUGCCCUGCAAAGCCUGCUCAUCAUCUCCACACGAGCCCCACUGGUCAGGAGGCCUGGCUUCUCUCACAUCGUCCGAAGCUCCUCCCGCAGGGCCCCCCACCACGGCAAAGGGCAGUAAAGAACAGGGACUGGUGACUACUGAGACCCCCCCCUCACCCCGCCAGGAGGGUCCAGACCUGCUGCAGGCCGGGGCUCUAGGACCGAAGCUGCUCCAGACUUAAAUCGAUUUUAGACAAACAGGACCCGAGGAGAGCUGGAGGUAGAAAGGCCUUAAACUGUGAUAAUACUUAAACACACUGUGCCUACGAUCAAUGUUUCAUGUUUGUAGAUAGAUUUUAUAUCUGGACACCUGCAGUUUACGCUGCUCGCCACUAUACAGUAAAACCUGCAGCAUUAUGACUUUUUAACCUCUUCCACCCACUGUGUGUGCUCAGAUAUAUGCAAUAUGUUGCUCUGAGGAUGAAUAAUCACAAACAAACCUCACCUUUAGUGCCAAAAUAAAAGCAGACAGGCCUCAUUUAACACAAUAUAACAUGUGUGAUCCAAAUCUGAAAAAAAAUGUCAGAAUCUACUAAACUCACUGAUUAUUGCUGUUUUGAUAGGAGCUUAAAUUGCCUCAAAGAAAUCAUAUAAGAUUCUGAUUCAUGACUAUUAAAGUAUUAGUAAUUAAUAUUAAGAUUUCACUUGAAAAUAAACAUUUUAACGGAGGGAAAUUCUAAAGAAAGGCCUGCUGCUUUUUAUCACGAGGGGAUUUGUGCUGUCAAGUAUUGAAAAUAACUAUUUGCACUGAUGGUCAAUAAAAUAGCUUUUUUUUUAACCGCCAAAAAUGAUUGCAUUACAAGAAUCCUUUUAUCAUUUAUGAUUUCAUAUUUUAAAAAAAAACACUUAUUUUUAUUAUUUUUUCUAUCAUUUAUUUUUGCUGCAAAUUUAUUGAUGAAGGUUGGAAAAUAGGUUCGCUCCUGUUUGCGUGGUUUCACCUCGAGACCUUUCAGUUCGAGUUAAAGGGGCCAUAAAGUUUUACAGCAUCUCUACGUCCGGUUUCUUUGUUUUGGUCGCAGACUGAAAACAGAGAGAAACAAAAAAAACAAAACAAAAAAAAACAAACCUAUCAGGACAGGAAAUUCUCCAAAACAAUAAAACAAUACAGGAUGUUGUAUCCUGAGAGAAAUGCAGGCCUACACGUCUGGUAAAGAUUAUUUUUGAUCCCCAACACUAAUAAUUGGACAAUAAUUAAUUUAAAGGUUUCCAGAAAUACAUGAUUAUUGAAAUUUUUAUAUGCAAAUAGAUAUCUUGCAAAAGAAACAGAAAGGCCACGAAAUGGCGUUUGUAACCUUUAAGUGUCUAAUCCUGCGUCCAGAGUCUGUAAAACUCAAAACGAUGGACUGAUUUGAAUCGAAAGAGAUUUUAUUAA